GGGGGCGAAUCAUAUAAACAAAUAGUAUAAGACACUAUCGGAAAUAUAGCAAAAUUAAACCUAAAAUGCAUCAUUGAAGAGAGCGGCAAAUGAAUCCAACGAACAGAAACUAAUGUAAGGGUAAAAUUCGAGAGGGGGAUAAAAGGCACGAGCCUGUUGGAAGCGUUUGAGCUUAAAAUGGAAGAAAAUGGGAGGUAAUAUAGCGAAGAAUGCAAGACCGAUUACAAGCCAUCUGAUGAUCUGUCUUCUGGAUACUCCGGCAUUGCCUCUCCCGACGGCACCGCCAGGAAGCCGUCGACGCCUGUUCCUUUUCCACAGGACCCCGACCACCAUUCUCUGGUUUGCCCGUCGCCAGGUCACAUGUAGUUUAACUCUAAUCCAACCUGAUUAAUAAAUAUUUGCAAUUUACUCCCUCAAUUUUAUGGUCAAGAGCCACAUCUCCUAAAUAACGACCCCGAUGAAACGAACAUUUCCCUCCCGAGUUUUUAAAAAUUAAAAUCAAUCUUUCUCUCUCCCUCUCUCUCUCUCUCUCUCUCUCUCACACACACACACACAAUCGAAGCAGCUUUCAUCAUCCGAAGAAUCAACUUGACCCAAUUUCUCGGUUAACGUAGGGUAAAUAUGGAGGAGUACUUACAGCACAUGAAGACUCUCCGCACUCAAAUGAACGAGGUGGAGGAUCAAGCUGCGAAGAUAUCAGUAGAAGAGCAGAUGCACCUUAGUACUGUUCAGAAUUUGGAGAAGGACCUCCUCUUUGUUAAAGAUGAAACAAAGCGAGUUAAAGCAGAAUGUGAGAGCAUUAUGAAGUCAAAGGGGAUAAUCUGUUCUGGAAUCUUGGAGAAACAGAGAAAAAUAUCUUCAUUGGAAUCGGAUUCAUAUAAUCUCAGCCAGACACUGGAUCUCUUGCAACAGGAAAAUGUGACCCUGUCAGCAAGGUUGGAAGAGAAAAGCUCAUAUUACACAGAAGUUGUUGAAGAUAUUGCAAGCAAAAUUAAGGAUAAACAGGAUUGGAUUAAUGCUCAUAAACACAGCUCCCUUAUCAAAGAGAACGGCUUGGUGUCCACGUGUUUAGUUAAAACAACUCAGGUGGAGGACAAAAGCUGCAGCAGAGCUUGUGAAACUGAAGAAUUUCAGCCUAAUGAACUAAACAGCAUAAUGUCAAAGGUGGAUGCUGCCAAAGCUAAACUUGACCAGAUGUCACAGAUGAAAAACACCCUUGUUUUGGAGAACAGCAAGAUAAAUCAAUCCAUGGAGCUUGUGAAGGUCAAGAUGGGAAACUUUGAGGUCAGUUGGUGCCUGCAACUUUUACUGGCUAUUGAUUUCUUAUUUUCACCUUGAUAAUUUUCCAAGACUUCUUCACUUUCUUGAUCUUCUUAUAAGCCAAAAAAGAACAGCAUUCUUUUGUAAAACAUCUAUCAGGUUAAAUAGUUGAUUUGCUGCUGUAUUAGUUUCUUUUUGUUUUUCCUUUCCAUUUCCCUCUUGCUCUUUUUCGUUGCGAGAAGAUUGCUUAGUGCUUCGUAUUGAGAACUGAUCUUUCCAGAUGAGUAGUUUUGAUGGGGACAAGGAAUGGUAGAAGAACCCUAUCACUAAGUUCUUCCCAUUUUAUGCCCAGGAUCAUCAUGAUCCAAGGAAGGAGCCAAAGUGUUGGGACUUUGGUUAAGUUAAUCCUUU